UGAUGAUCUUCCCCCCGUUGAUUUUUUUUUUUAAAAAAAAAAAGUGAACACACUUCCCUAAAUAUCUCUAAUCAUCCUUCAAAUGUCAUCUUUGAGCUUAAAUCUAUCAUCAUACCAUAAAACCUACUACUGAUGAAACAUGUGCAUAUCAUCUAUGAUUAUCUUUUUCAUUAAACUAUCAAAGCAUAUUUUCCACCGAAAAAGUCGCACCAAAGUAUCAAAAGGGAGGAUAUACAUUCCCAGUAUAUCCUUUUUUUUUAUCCUUACGUUUUGUAAAACCAUUUCAUCAAGAAUUAAUGUCACAAGGGGAAAUAUGUGUAUAGAUCAUGGAUUGAAAAAUAAUAGGUUCCUUCUGUUGUUGAUGAUUUUUUUAUAUUUCUUUUUCAAAAGAUAAUGCAAUUUAUAAAUAGUGGUGAGGAUGAUUCUAUAAUGAUCCUUUAAUGAUGUUGUGGC